GCCUCCAACCAUUCAUGGCGCUGUUCAGUCCCUCCUUACCCCUUCCUCACUUGUGCUGGGCACGGCGCAGGCUGCGGGUCGGAGCUCCCUGGCCGACCCCCACCAUGUCCCCGGGGCUCCCCUGCCCCGCGCUGGCCCUGGGGCUCCUGCUCCUGCUGCUGCCCGGGACUCGCAGUGACUGUGGGCCCCCACCGAAGCUGAAUCAUGCCGUCCCCUCCGAUGUGAAUCGCACAGAGGGCUUCCCUGUUGACACACAAGUUACAUACAGGUGCAGUGAUGGCUUCCUUAAAAUCCCUGGAAAGUCAGACACUGUAGUGUGCCUUUCAAACUCACAAUGGUCCUACAUCAACGAGUUUUGUGGUCGUAGUUGUGGUGCCCCAACAAGAUUAAAGUUUGCUGCCUUAAGUAAGGAAGAUGAGAGGAAGAAUUACCAUCCUGUUGGGAUCACUGUGAGAUAUACUUGUCGCCCAGGGUAUGAGAACAUCACUGAAAUGCUUCUUGUUAGUACUUGUCUUGAAAACUUAACAUGGUCAGAAGCCCCUGAGUUUUGUAGAAGGAAAUCAUGUGGUCAUCCAGGAGAACUACUCCAUGGCAGAGCUGGUCAUAUGACAGAAUUUCUGUUUGGUGCAAAAAUAGACUUGCUCUGUGAAGAUGGGUACAAAUUAAUUGGGCGGCCUUUCAUUCAAUGUGAGCUUAAGGGAGAUGAAGUUGAAUGGAGUAAACUUCCAACUUGUCAAGUGAUUACUUGUUCUUUCCCUCCUUACAUUGCCAAUGGGACAUACGAUGGCAGGGGUGUAGAAAAUUUUGCUUAUAACUCAACAGUAACUUACAGAUGUGACCGUGGGUUCCGGCUUAUUGGAGCUGCUUCCAUUCAUUGUACAACAAAAGAUAAAACAAAUGGAAUCUGGAGUGGACCUGCUCCUAAAUGCAAUGGUUCUUAUGCUGCAUCCAAGAACAUGGUACUUGACCAACAUAAGAAAAAGAAAAUAAAAAGCAGACCGUAUUCUGUAUCACGAUUCCAAAACACACGUUUCACCAUCACUUCCUCCCAUUCUUCCUCAUUUCCCAGCGGUGACCUGAGGACACGAGGUAGUUGGAUUACUCCACCACUGUUCAGAUUUGCUGUACCACUGUACGUUAAUCAGAACUAUUGUUCUGUCAGAACCAAGGAAAGAUCUAUUUGCAGCCAAAGUUACAUGGGAAUCUCUGGAGUAUUACCCAGUGCCAAGUGCUUUCAAAACUUAAAAUGGUCGGAAGUCCCAGGGUUCUGUGCAAGUGAGCCUCUUUCCUUUUCUGUUUCAAUUGAUCUACAAGACAUUCUUGUGCAGUUAGUAUAUUGGCUCAAGAGAUAUCCUUUGGGGUGGAAAGACUAUCUGAAAGAAACUGGAACAAAGGACUUAUCGGUGACAAUGCAAGCUGUGAACGCCUCACACUUCAUGAACUACACAGUGUUGAAUCUGGGUUAUUACAUGGAUGGGAGACCUGGAAAAAUCAUUCGCUGGAAGAAGGCGGCACUCUUCCCUCCGGAUGUAGCAAUGAAUCCGAGCAUGCUGUCGAGUGCUGUUCUGUUUCAGAUGAGAGCUGGAGUUAAAAGGCCACUUCGUGAGUGGACCACCAUGAAGGAAGUUGCACGAACAAAGCGCUGCCCAUGGGCACCUCUCCAGAGGAGCAGGGGGGGCACCAGUGCGGCUCUUGUGCUCCCUGAAGUGGCCCUGCCCCAUCGCUCGCUUGACAGCCGGUUGGGCUUGGCUUGGAGGAUCGGGCCUCUCAUGGUGUUUGUCGCUGCGGCUGCGAGGCCGUCCCGCUGCCACCCACUCUGGCUCCUAGGAUUCGUGGUGCUGCUGCCCGGGGCUUGCAGUCAGUGUGGGUCCCUGCCAAGGCUGAAUCAUGCCAUCCCCCCUGAUACUAUUCACACAGAGGGUUUCCCUAUCAACACAGAAGUGACGUACAGGUGCCUUGAUGGUUUUGUUAAAAUCCCAGGAAAGUCGGACACUGUAGUGUGCCUUUCAAACUCACAGUGGUCAAACAUAGAAGAGUUUUGUGGUCGCAGCUGUCUUGCCCCACCAAGGUUAAAGUCUGCUGAGUUAAGUCAGGAGGAUUUGAGGAAGAAUUACUAUCCUGUUGGGACCACUGUGAGUUAUGUCUGUCGCCUAGCUUAUGAGAGUACUGGAUUGAGGCCUGUCAUUACUUGUCUUGAAAAUUUAACAUGGGAAGAAGCCCCUGAGUUUUGUCUAGGAAAAUCUUGUGGUGUUCCAGAAAGCCCAGAACAUGGCAGACUUGUUGAUGCAACAAAUAACCGGUUUGGUGCAAAAGUAAACAUAAUUUGUGAUGACGGAUACAAAGUAAGUGGGCGAAGUUUCAUCCAGUGUUUGCUUAUCAGAGAUCAAGUUGAAUGGAGUAAACUUCCAACUUGCCAAUCGAUUACUUGUUCUCCUCCUCCUAAUAUUACCUGUUCUCCUCCUCCUAAUAUUUCCAAUGGGAUGCACAAUGGCAGUCAUCUGGAAAGCUUUGACUAUAACUCAUCAGUAACUUACAAAUGCGACCCUAAUUUCUCACUUACCGGAGAGGCCUCCAUUCACUGUACAACUAAAGAUAACAUCAAUGGAGUCUGGAAUGGGUCUGCCCCUGAAUGCAAAGCGAUUACUUGUUCUCCUCCUCCUAAUAUUACCAAUGGGAUGCACAAUGGCAGUCAUCUGGAAAGCUUUGACUAUAACUCAUCAGUAACUUACAAAUGCGACCCUAAUUUCUCACUUACCGGAGAGGCCUCCAUUCACUGUACAACUAAAGAUAACAUCAAUGGAGUCUGGAAUGGGUCUGCCCCUGAAUGCAAAGCGAUUACUUGUUCUCCUCCUCCUAAUAUUACCAAUGGGAUGCACAAUGGCAGUCAUCUGGAAAGCUUUGACUAUAACUCACCAGUAACUUACAAAUGUGACCCUAAUUUCUCACUUACCGGAGAGGCCUCCAUUCACUGUACAACUAAAGAUAACAUCAAUGGAGUCUGGAAUGGGUCUGCCCCUGAAUGCAAAGCGAUUACUUGUUCUCCUCCUCCUAAUAUUACCAAUGGGAUGCACAAUGGCAGUCAUCUGGAAAGCUUUGACUAUAACUCAUCAGUAACUUACAAAUGCGACCCUAAUUUCUCACUUACCGGAGAGGCCUCCAUUCACUGUACAACUAAAGAUAACAUCAAUGGAGUCUGGAAUGGGUCUGCCCCUGAA